AUUCGCAUCAGCGUAUUGUAGUGUAACGGUAGCACUCUCCUUCCUGCUGGCUUCAACGAUGGUCAUGGCAGCAACCUUAACUAGGUUUGGGUUUGGAUAUCCGCCAUGCAAACCAAAUGCUCUUAGUAGCUACUGCUACUGCAAGCCAGCAACAAGAACAGCAGCUGGUAAUGGUUUCCUAGCGAUGGGUCGCAGCAGCUGGAGAUGCAGGGUUACUACUACGAGCAGAGAGAUUAUGGCCGGACGCCGGCGAGAGAAGAAGGAAGAGGAGGAGGUGGAGGAAGAAUGGCGGAGCUACCUGGCGCCGGAGAGGCUGGAGGUGCUGACGCAAAUGGAGCCGUGGGUGGAGGAGCACGUGCUGCCGCUGCUCAAGCCGGUGGAGGCGUCGUGGCAGCCGUCCGACAUGCUGCCGGACCCGGCGGCUCUGGGCAGCGACGGCUUCCACACGGCGUGCCUCGAGCUCAGCGCGCGCGCGGCCGGCGUGCCGGACGAGCUCCUGGUAUGCCUCGUGGCCAACAUGGUGACGGAGGAGGCGCUGCCCACAUACCCGAGCGUGCUGAACCGCUUCGAGGCCGUGCGGGACGCCACGGGCGCCGACGGCACGGCCUGGGCGCGUUGGAUCCGCGGGUGGUCCGCAGAGGAGAACCGCCACGGCGACGUGCUCAACCGCUACAUGCACCUCUCGGGCCGCUUCCACAUGCGCGAGGUGGAGCGCACCGUGCAGCGCCUCAUCCGCUCCGGGAUGGUCGUGCACGCGCCGGCGAGCCCGUUCCACGGCUUCGUCUACGUCGCGUUCCAGGAGCGCGCCACGGCCAUCGCGCACGGCAACACGGCGCGUCUCGUGGGCGCGCGCGGCGCUGGCGACGAAACGCUCGCGCGCAUCUGCGGCACCGUCGCGGCAGACGAGAAGCGGCACGAGGCCGCGUACACCCGCGUCAUGGGGAAGCUCUUCGAGGCGGAUCCGGACGGUGCCGUGCGCGCGAUGGCGUACAUGAUGCGGCGCCGGAUCGACAUGCCGACCGCGCUCAUCAGCGACGGCGGCCACGCCGACUUCUACGCCCGCUUUGUUGCCAUCGCGCAGCAGGCCGGAACGUACACUGUGUCCGACUACCGUGGCAUCCUGGAGCACCUGAUAAGGCAGUGGGGCGUGGAGGACCUCGCGGCGGGGCUCUCCGGCGAGGGGAGGCGCGCACGGGACUACUUGUGCGCGUUGCCGCGGAAGAUCCAGAGGAUGGAGGAGAGGGCCCAUGAUAGGAUAGCCAAGGCCCAAAACAAGCCCACCCAUAUCCCGAUUAACUGGAUCUUUGAUAGGCCCAUCAGUGUCGUUCUACCCUAAUCCUCUAUGGAGUAGUACUAUCACUACCGGAAACGAUGUGUAUACCGAGUACCUACAUGUAUACCGAGUGCAUUAUAUCGGGCACUUGGCAAACAGCCACCUACGCCGAGUGCCCGACUAACGCACUCGGCAAAUAACUAAGCACUUGGUAAAUACCUCAACAAACACUCGGCAAACAACAGCACUCGGUAAAUACCUCAACAAACACUUGGCAAAAUAGAGAAAAAACACUCGACGAAUUCGGGCACUCGGCAAACAACGCGCCACGUGUCCCUCCGUUCGGCGGCUGACGGCGAGUCGCCCCAUUGCCGAGUGUCGUCUAACGGACACUUUUAUGUUUGCCGAGUGCCCGAUAUGAAGCACU